AUGACUGUCCGUGCGGAUGAUCCUCGCUUGGGGUCCCUGUUCUCGGUGCAGCGCGCAGAGGACGCCGACAUCGUUGUUAUUGGAUUUCCCUUCGAUGAGGGGUGUGUGCGGAACGGGGGAAGACCGGGCGCCGACAAGGGACCUGCUGCAUUUCGGGAGUUUAUACACCGGUUGGGGUCUGUAAACAAUCUCGAGCUUGACGUCGAUGCUCGCAACGUAAAGUUAUACGAUGCUGGAGACAUCGCCGCCAGCACCUUGGAGGAGGCCCAUGACAAGCUGGAGAGGAAAGUUGCCUCCGUGCUUUCCCAUGGGGCACUGCCGUUUGUGAUUGGCGGGGGAAACGACCAGUCUGCCCCAAACGGACGUGCCUUGCUGCGAGCAUUUGCUGGCGACGUCGGAAUCAUUAAUAUCGAUGCCCAUUUGGACGUUCGACCGCCUCUGCCGGAUGGAAAAGUUCAUAGCGGGUGCCCGUUUCGUCAGCUGCUGGAAGAGAAGAACUUCUCAGGAAAGCGAUUCGUGGAGUUUGCCUGCCAGGGGCCACAGUGUGGCGCGUCACACGCACAGUUUGUGAAGGAUCACCAGGGUCGUCUGAUGUGGCUGAGCGAAGUUCGCAAGAAGGGCGCUGUGGCGGCGUUGGGGGAGGCCCUCACUGUGACUGGAAAUAACACUUUCUUUUCCUUUGACGUGGACUCCUUGAAGUCGAGUGACAUGCCUGGUGUGAGCUGCCCGGGCGCGGUUGGCUUAACCGCGCAGGAGGCGUUUGACAUGUGUUUUUUGGCCGGAAAAACGGCGUCGGUGAAGCUGAUGGACAUGAGUGAACUGAAUCCCCUUGUGGAGGCCUUUCGCUCUCCGCGUCUCGCGGUGUUUCUGUUCUACCACUUCGUACUCGGGUUCGCCACACGGCCGAGGGUGAAAGUGUAG